UGUUGAAUUAAGGCGAGGACAAUUCACUUCUAAUUCUAUUUGUUUACGAUUUUGCGAUGUCGGUCGUGAGUCGUGUAUUAUAAGCCUGUAAAGACAAAUAACGUAGCAGAAUCAUGCUAUGAUCAAAAACUACAACACCUGUACCUAUAACUGAUUGCCAUCAACAACAUACUGAAUUAUGGACUUUGUCGAUAAGUAUAAUUGAAGUUCCUCACUUCUUCUAAACGACGCAAGCGAUAGAACAGUGGCGAUCACAGCAAGAGAAGGGCUUCGAGCUGGCGCUUCGUGCACGUCAGUUUGGAAUCUGUUCUCAUAUCCUGAAGGUUGGGGCCCUCGAUGCCGACGCAUUCUUCGUCCAAGCAGCGGCACGUGGAGACUUACAACUUGUACGUGCUAUGGUAGAUACGUUAACAUUGGUUCCUCCUCCUAGUAAGGCAGGAAAUGCAGAGAAUGGUCCAUCAUGUGCUAGUGCUUGUGCACUCCAGGACAAUCAUAGGGCUGGAGG